AUGAAAGAUGAGUUUGUACCUCGAGGAAAAGUAAAUCGUAGAGCUGAAAAAAGGAAGAAUCUCUGCUAUUAUCGAGUUGAGAUAUUUUGUUCUGUGAUUGACAUGCAAGCUCAAGAGUUAAACCAUCGUUUAGGUGAAAUUAACACAGACUUACUUUCAUGUAUGGCAUGUUUUGAUCCUAGAGAUUCAUUUUCUGCAUUUGAUUUGGAGAAGCUGCUUCGUCUUGCUAGUUAUUAUCCAUCAGAAUUUUCUGGAGUUGCUUUGAAAGAGCUUGAAAAUCAACUUGAAAGCUUUAUUUUUGAUGUGCGGAUAGAUGAAAAUUUUUCACAAGUAUUUGGGAUUGGUGGUCUUGCGAAGAAGAUUGUUUCUAAAAGAAAGCAUGAAAAUUUCCCAUUGGUUUAUUUGUUAGUCAAGUUGUCAUUGAUCUUGCCGGUUGCUACUGCCUCCAUGGAAAGAGCUUUUUCUGCAAUGAAGUUCAUCAAGAGUACUCUACGUAAUAGUAUGAGACACCAACUGUUACAUGAUUGCUUAGUUCCUUACAUUAAAAAGGACGUCUUUGUUCAUGUUAGUAAUGAAACCAUUAUGCAGCGAUUUCAGAAGAUGAAAAAUAGAAGAGAAAUGUUAUGA